UGCCGCCAAUUUCACCAAAUACACACUCUCACACACAGAGUAACAGAGGCGGCGUUGAUGGAGAAACAGAGCGGGCACGGCAAAGAAAUGGCGGCAUUUCUGAUUCAGAAUCACUUGGACGAGCUCCGAAGUAUCAUCCUCUCUUCCGAUCCUCGCCUUCACUAUCCUCUCCACGUUGAUUUUGCUGAAUUAAUGGAUGACAAUCCACCAUUGGCACACCUAAUUUUCGAACACCCUAAGGAAUUUCUACCUCUCUUCGAUGAUUCUGCUGUCUGGGCUCAGAGAGUUAUCUUUGAGGAUUUCAAGAGAAUGGAGAAUGCUAGUGUAAAGGUAUAUACACACAUUCGGAUAAAUGUCGCUGGCUCUCCUCUUGAAUGCCCUGAAACUUUUCCAAGUAUUGGACGUGUGAGAGUAAAGCAUCGGGGAAUUCUUCUCACUCUCAAAGGCACGGUAAUUAGGACUAGUGCAGUCAAGAUGAUUGAAGGGGAGAAGAUAUAUGAGUGUAGAGUGUGCAAACACAGGUUCAAAGUGUACCCAGAGGUGGAAACUGGAAAUUCCAUACCCCGUCCUACUUUUUGCCCUUCUCAGAAUUGUGAAAGCAUACGGUUCCAGAUAAUAGAAGAAAGAAGCAUAUGUCAUGAUUAUCAGGAAAUUAAAAUUCAAGAAAGCACACAAGUUUUAGGUGUUGGAGCUAUCCCUCGUUCAAUCCCUGUUAUCCUGAAGGAUGAUCUUGUUGACAUUGUUAAAGCUGGAGAUGAUGUGAUUGUUACUGGAGUUUUGACAGCUAAAUGGUCCUCAGACAUGAAGGACGUGCGUUGUGACCUCGACCCUGUACUGAUUGCUAAUCACGUCAGGAGAAUGAAUGAGUUAAAGUCAGAUGUAGAUAUUCCUGAAGACAUUAUUUUGAAAUUCAAAAACUUCUGGACCAAUUUUAAGGACUCCCCAUUGAAAGGAAGAAAUGCCAUUCUUCGAGGUAUCUGCCCACAGAUAUUUGGACUCUUUACUGUCAAGCUUGCAGUUGCGCUAACGCUUAUUGGAGGUGUUCAACAUGUUGAUGCUUCUGGAACAAAGAUCCGAGGAGAGUCCCAUUUGCUUUUGGUGGGAGAUCCUGGCACGGGAAAGUCUCAGUUCCUAAAAUAUUCUGCGAAGUUGAGCAAUAGAUCUGUAAUUACCACUGGGCUAGGGAGCACUAGUGCUGGACUGACUGUCACUGCAGUCAAAGAUGGAGGGGAAUGGAUGUUGGAAGCUGGAGCCCUGGUGUUAGCAGAUGGUGGUCUUUGUUGUAUAGAUGAGUUUGACAGCAUGAGGGAACAUGAUAGGGCAACUAUUCACGAAGCUAUGGAACAGCAAACCAUAAGUGUGGCCAAGGCUGGUCUUGUAACAACUCUGAGCACAAGAACAAUUGUUUUUGGUGCAACAAAUCCGAAGGGACAUUAUGAUCCAGACCAGCCACUGUCUGUCAACACUGCACUCUCUGGACCCUUACUGAGCAGAUUUGAUAUAGUGCUUGUCCUCUUAGAUACAAAAAAUCCAGAAUGGGAUUCAGUUGUUUCAUCUCACAUUCUUUAUGAGUCUGAAGAGAAUAAAGGAAAGCAGGAUAAAAAUUUAUCUGACAUGUGGUCUCUUACCAUGCUAAGGAGGUACAUUCAUUUCGUGAAGGGAUAUUUCAGACCUGUUCUUACAAAGGAGGCUGAAAAGGUCAUAUCAAGCUAUUAUCAACUCCAAAGACGGUCUGCCACUCUCAAUGCAGCCAGAACAACUGUCCGGAUGCUGGAAAGUUUGAUUCGCCUUGCACAAGCGCAUGCAAGGCUGAUGUUCAGAAAUGAAGUCACUCGGUUGGAUGCAAUCACUGCUAUAUUAUGCAUUGAAUCAUCCAUGACAACCUCCGCAAUUGUGGACAGUGUCGGGAAUGUAUUGCAUUCCAAUUUUAUGGACAACCCUGAUCAAGAAUAUGCCAAGCAAGAAAGGCUCAUCCUUCAGAAACUGAGAUGCAUAGAGGAUUUUCCUGCGAUAGAUAUUGCUAGUGAUUAAGUUGUUUGAGGAUGGGUGCAUGACUCCACUGCUGCUGGAAAGAUGCUAAAAAGGUAACAAAUGUUUCUUGAGAUAAUCAUCUGUUCAAUUCUAAGAUUUUGGAGAGAGAGUCAAUAGAGAGCAGAAAGUUCAAGGGUAUAUGCAUGAUAAUCAACAUCUGAUGUAGCUCUUGAAAUGUUCAGCAUAUCGAGUAUCAUAUUCAAUUAAUUUAGGUAA